GGGGAAGAGCGCGGACAAUGCACAGGCUGGGAACUUCCUGCCGCCGCGGCGGUGGCGGCCGCGCUGCCCGGGGCAGAGGCGAGGGAGCCCGGCCGGCGCGCGAUCAAUCAUGAUGUUUUGGUCCACACGCCCUGAAGAAGACUUUGCUACCAAAAUCUUUAUUUCCAGCUAAAUAUACCUGGCUGUAACAGCUGCCAUGGAAACGUGCUGUACAGAGGAGGCCGUUGGAACCAGCUCUCCAUCUGUCAUCUGCAGGCAAGUUGAGGGAGGAGACCGGAAGCGGGAGGAGAGCAGAGCAGGUGACCGGCUGCCUGAAUGGAGCGAUGUUUCUGUCGUGGCUGUGGAGCAGGCACCCCCUGGCAAGCUGAAGAAAACUGCCUUCAAGCUCUUUGGGGGGAAGAGGAGCAUAUGCACCCUGCCAAGCUUCUUUGGAGGAAAAAACAAAGGCCAAGGGAAGGGAGCCUCCAAAAAGAGUCUCAGUAAAAGUAAGACGCACGAUGGGAUCAGCGACGUUGUGUAUGAGGAUGGGACAGGGAGGUUGCGGUUGCGGUUGGAGAGCCCCUUGAAUGGAAGGAUGGACUCGCAUCCUCGCCCACUGCCAAGCUCUCAGAGCGCUCACUUGGCAACAGACGCCAGCGUCAAAUUUGAGUUUGGCAGGCAGGAGAGCUCUCCCUUGGGGAGUGCCGAGGGCUUUGAGAAAAAGCCCAGUGGAGACAAAUCGUUGUCCUUCCCUAGACCCAAGAAAGGGCUGAAGGGGCUUUUCAACAGCAUCCGGCGCCACAGAAAGAACAAAACUGCUGAAUCUGAGAAAGCGGAGUGGGCUGCUGAUUGUGGGGAUGGAGAGCAAGCCAAGAAAACUCAAGGGGCAGGGGCUGAAACCCAGCGAGCCUCUGAGGAGGAGAGUCCAAGAGGCACCCCUCUCCCCGGACCAUGCACAGGGAGCUUGGAUGGUAACUGCUCACUGAGCACAACGACCAACCUUGGAGAAAACACUGACUGGCUCAUGGCUGCUCAAAGUAGCUCGGAAGGAGAUGCAGCAAUGGUGCCUGUGGGCAAAGACGAUAUUCUAGAUGUGAAAUUGGACGCAGAGACUAUUGUCUGUGCCAGCUCACCCUACGGUGGCCUCCCAGACGCACACCAUCCUGACUCCCCAGACAACGACCCCCCUUCAGUACACUCCGGAGACCAGCUCAGCUUGAUCUUUGGAGAUGUUACUUCCCUUAAAAGUUUUGAUUCCCUCACUGGGUGUGGAGACAUAAUUGCUGAGCCAGACAUCGACAGUAUUGCUGAGAGCACGAUCUCCGUGGAGCGCAGUAGAGACGCUGCCAAGAGAAGCUCAUGCCUUGUCACUUACCAGGGAGGAGGGGAGGAGAUGGCCACGCCGGAGGAGAUAGAGGAGUACCUCCAGCAGCUGUGGGAGGGCACCACCGAGGCGGACAGCCGCUACGAAACCAAGCUGCCUCAGCCCAUAAACAGUCCCAAGCUGCAGGGAGUGAAUAGCAAGCUGGAGACUUGCGGCUUACAUGAGGAGGCGGCCCAUCUGUACGCUGGAGGUGUGAUGGAUGACGUAGAGCUCUUAACACCGCCCAGUGACCAGCAAGAAUCUGCCCCCAAUAGUGAUGAGGGUUAUUAUGACUCUACCACACCAGGGCCAGAGGAUGAACUCGGGGAAAUCAAGAAGGACCGUCUCCCAAGAGACAGUUACAGCGGUGAUGCACUUUAUGAGUUUUAUGAGCCCGAUGACACCCUGAUGAGCCCCUCUCUCGGGAACGAAUCCUUAUUUGAGAGCAAAGCAUCUCAUCCAGAGAUCUUCAGCCGCUUCUUAGACUUUGCUGUCCCUGCUGAGAAGAACCUUAUUCAGAUGACGGGGCAGAGCAGCGGAGUGAUGGAGACUGAGGAAGAGAGGCUGGCUGCUAUUCAGAAACAGCUGCUAUAUUGGGAGUUUCAGAGGGAACCAGUUGCAAAACGUCUGGAUGUCCCCAGCAAAGAGAAAUGUCCCAGAGACAAGCAAUACAUUGAAUGUAAUACUAGAGCAGCCAAAUUAAUUGGCAAAAAUCAGAGUUGCCUUGGUAGCGAGCAAGUUGCUUCUCCAGUUUUGAGCAAAAGUGUAGAUGCUGGGAUUUCAGUGUCGAGACUGGAAAAUCCCGAGUGGAGGGAUUUUCAGGGGACACUAUGUCCAGAAAAGUAUUACAGUGGCCAAAAAGCCCAAGGAAGUUGCCUUAUUCAGCUCAUGAAAAACAACUCUGUGUUUGAUUCUGAUUUGGAUCAUGCAGUGUUUGGGGGACUAAGUAGCUUAGUCCCAGCCAAAACUGUGACCGUGACCUAUCCCAGCUACAGAACACAUGACCCUGAUAGCUGUUUUCAAAAUGAACACCACAGCCGAGUGGAAAACUGCCUCAGGGAACCCCAGACAGAAAGUGAAUGUGAACCCGAGCAUGCUGUUAACUUCACUCAGGCACUGGUUGAGUUCACUAGCAGCGGCACUCUCUUCUCCAGCCUCUCUGAAAGCCUUGGUAGCUCUGAUUCAGGUUCUUCCUUCACUCAGAACCUUUCUGUCCUUCCAACCAUGGUCACUUUUGACAUAGUGGAUGUGGAGCAGGAAGGCGAGGGAGAAUGUGAGCAGCAUCUGGAGAUGAAUGCCGACGAGGACAUUGCUGCAUCCUUUGAGGCCUUUGAUGACAGCUACGUGCAAAAGGAGUCCUUUGCCGAAUGUGAUGAACGAAUGUUCCUGGGGUAUCCCCAAGACUCUUUCCAGAGCUGUAACUGGGGUGUUGGCAGCCUUCCCCAUCAUCUGCACCUGCACGGCUUGAGCCCCUCCAUGCCAGCACCACUCUCCAUCAACAGAAGGAGCAGGUCGCUUGACACGGAGCGCUUGGAGUUGGAGCUUGCAGAUAUGCCUCUCUCCAGGAAUGGCCUUAAGCCUUGUCAGCUCUGGUCUAAAUGGGACAGUGGCAAAAAGGACUCUGUCCCCAGGCUGAGCAGAAGCAAGGAUAGCAUUCAGCUGUCUUCUUCCGAAGGAGGAGAAGCUGAUGGGGUCCUUACCUGGCCAGUGUUGCAGCAUGUAGAGUACAAAGCCGAGCUUUCUUCAGGGGGAGAGAAACCGUGGAGCUGUACUCCGACUGCAAGGGCUGCCGUUGUCGAAGGCAACUGGGAUACAUUUGAGCAAUCAGAAGUGAAUUCCCCUUACGUGUCCCUUGGAUGGAACAAUGCCAGGGAGACUCCGGACAGGUUGCCCCAGGAUACUGGGGCCAGUAAUCUAAUGCUUCAGAUGCCUAGACACAUGGUCAGACCAUCCAAUUUACCUCUGCAGACUGAUACAAGACAGGCCCAAGAGGUGUCUAGCUCCUACAGGUAUCCUAGAGAAAAUAUGGCCAAAAAGCUGGCUCGCGUGCUACCUUUGGGAGAAAAAGGGGCUGACUUACCUCAAAGCUUUGCUUUCACGCAGUCCCCUAACAAAAGAGCAAAGUGCAAACUUGUUGGCAUCACGCAAGGAACGCUCCAGUUUCACGAUGGCACUGAGACCUUAAAACCCUCCGCUUGCUUUGCUGAGCAUUAUGGAAGCUCCAGUGCAGACCUGCUGAAAGGGGGACCCGUACAUGGGAACACGCUGCCCGUUAGCUGUCAAAGCACUACAGUGAAUGUAACGGGGAAAUUUUAUGGACUCUUCUUUUACUUGUGCAUCAUGUUAAAAUGGUGUGGCUUACAUUUCUGACGAAGAAAAAGCAAUUGCUGCUGCCACCAUCUGUGCAAUGAAGAAACUCUCUCUCUUCUCUGCUACACAUUGAGGGCUAAUUCUGAAGAUCAGAAGCCGGCCCCCAUCCUGCCAUCCACCCGUUCCAUGGACACUACUUAGAUCUUUUGACACAGGAAUGUCACAUCUGUCAAGUGCUGUUUUUAGCUUUGUUUUUAAUUCCAGUCUGUGGACUGUCUCUGUCUCCUCUCUGAAAGUAUCACUGACUGUCUUUUAAAGCUAGAAAACCAUGGUGGGGUUUUUGUGUGUGUGUAAUGUUUUUGACUUUAUCCAGCAGGGUGGGUCCAUUUUUGAUACCUAAAUAAGCUCUGGAAGGGAAUUCUGCCCUUUUAAGGACUUGCCCAUCUGGGAGGGGAGAUGUCGGGGCUUUGGCCAGUGAAACUGUCAGGAAAACCAAGGCAAAGCUCCUGUUCUGUGCCUGACAAGAGUGUGGGCUUGGCUGGGGCAGUCCCGGGUUUUGAACAUACAUGCUGAAGAGCUGGUGUCCUGGCUCUUAACCGAGUCAGUAGUAGCAGUGCUGCUUGUGCUUUGCAGCCUUCUCCCCUCCAGCAGGGAGGCAGAGAGCGGGGGUGUCAAACAGUUAGGUUUCCUCAAAGGGGGAGAGGCUGUCACUGUUGGGGCAGGCAGUGAAGAAGGCAACUGCAUCCCCCUGGCCCUGUUCCUCCUGCUGGGCUGAGCAGUGGGUGCUGCCCCCCACUAAUUCCAACCCAUCAGCAGGAGUGACGUCCCCUGCUUCCCUACAGUGCAGGGAGCUUUACCUGUUCCCAGCAUGCUACAGAGCAGCUCCUCCACUGGCACUCCUGCCAAAAUGGGACUAGUCAGCUGCCUCACCCUAGCUCCUGCCUCUUCCUAACUCUCCUGCCUCCUCAGCCCCACCAGCAGCUUCGUUCCUCAGCAGUCACCAGAACCCUGGCUGCUGCUCAGCAUUGUCCAGGGAAAUCUGGCAACUGUGACACUAAUUUUAAGGGCCCUAUUGUUCACCUAGUGGCUGGUCGUGAUUUAAAGGAACAUCGCAAGUAAGCAAAGGCCUGAAAUUUCAUUGUGAAUGUGCUUGGGGAUUUUUUUUUUUUAAACUUUCAAUUCAAAGUUUGAUUUCCUCUUGAUUUUAAGUAGGUUCCAACCCCUCCUGCCUCUUCCCCCCCCCCCCCCGCACCUUGCAGGAUUUGCAACCCAAGCGCAGUGGCAUGGAGUAUGAGGCCCAGAAAGUGAAAUGGGCUAGGAGCAGGGAGUGAAUUGACAAAUUUAUGUUCACUGCUGAGCAAAAAGCAAAUGAAAUGGUGGAAAGCUAAAUUAUUAAAGUUGAAAGUAGAGUUUUGUUUUAAAUUUGAAAGUGAUGGCAAUGCAGGUGGAGAUACUUCACUGUGCAUGGGGUUUGUGUGUCUUUAAUUAAAUGACUCUUAACCUGACAGUGUUCCUAUUCAUUAUUGUGUGCAUGGUUUUUGUUUUGUUUCUUGUAUGGGUUUUUGCUUCUGUUACUAAAAUGCAAAUUGGGUGGAGGGCUGUGCUGCUUACAUUCCUGGGGCAUUUUGACCCACACUUCCUUUUAACGUUCCCUUCCCGCCCCCCCUUUAAUUCUAAAGGUAUUCAGUCUUAUGCAGUUAUCUGUAGUGUCUGCUGAGCUGUAUUUAGGCUGUGCAGCUCACUUUUUCCUGCAGAUCUGUAUUAUUCUAGAAGUUAGGGAAAAGACCUGUUCAGUUAUCCACCCCAUCUCCCUGCCACUAAUGGAUAGUUCACGGCAAUGCAUUUUCUAUACAGUCCUUGUCCUUAGACAUUCCAUUGAGAUGGAAAACUGCUUGUUCCUCCUUCUCCACCACUCCUAUUUUGUCACCUCUAUUGGCAAACAAAAACAAAUGGAUGAGAUUAUGCUUGGGCAAAAAGGAUAAUUGAGGGAUAGAGGGAAGGCACAUGUCCCUUGUAAAGAAACUAACCUUUUCCCAAACUUCCAUCAGUUCUGCUUAAGGCACUAUAGGAUCUCCCCUUCGUGCAUGUGGCAGAAGUAAGUCACCUGUUUCUACAAAUAACUUUAGUACAUUGCAGACUGGAAACCUUGUGUGUUCUGCACAGCUUGAGCCAAGGGAAGGCAGCCAGGUUCUCCCCUGCCCCUUUCUUGAUAGCCAAUUGUUUCAUGUUUUCUUUUUUUGUCCUUGACAUGACUAGUUAUUAAACUUCUUAAUGUAUUUACUGUGUUUUAAAAUGAAUGUUUCUUUCACUGAAUUCUAAUGAAUAAACUUCAGGUUUUUAGAGAA